AUGGAGGCCAGAGUGGACCGUGUUGAGCAGAAAAGGCAAGUCCUAUUUCUUUGUGUAUUUCUGGGAAUGUCUUGGGCUGGCGCGAAACCGCUUCGGUAUUUUGCAGUGGAGGAAACAGACAGAGGCACCUUUCUGGCCAACCUAGCAAAUGACCUGGGGUUGGGGGCGGGGGAACUGUCAGCCCGAGGACCUAGAAUUGUUUCAGACGAGAACGUACGAUUUUUACUGCUCAAUGCGUUUACUGGCGAUUUACUUCUAAAUGAGAAAUUGGAUCGAGAGGAAUUGUGCGGCCCCACAGAGCCCUGUGUGCUGCCUUUCCAGUUGUUAUUGGAAAAGCCUUUUCAGAUUUUCCAUGCUGAAUUAUGGGUCAGAGACAUCAACGACCAUUCUCCAGCAUUUCUAGACAGAGAGAUUCCCCUGAAAAUAUUAGAAAGUGCCACUCCUGGAGCGGCAUUUCUCCUAGAAAGUGCACAGGAUUCAGAUGUUGGAGCCAACAGCCUGAGUAACUAUACCAUCAGCCCCAAUGCCUAUUUCCAUAUCAAUGUCCAUGACAGCGGGGAGGAGAAUAUCUAUCCCGAGCUGGUACUGGAUCGAAUGCUGGAUCGCGAGGAAAUACCUGAGCUCAGUUUAACUCUCACGGCCUUGGAUGGCGGCUCUCCGCCCAGAUCCGGGACCGCCCUGGUACGCAUCCUGGUCGUAGACAUAAAUGACAAUGCCCCUGAAUUUCUGCAGUCGCUCUACAAGGUGCAGGUGCCCGAGAACAGCCCCGUUGGCUCCCUGGUUGUCGCCGUGUCAGCUAGAGAUUCAGAUACCGGAAGUAAUGGGGAAAUAGUCUAUGCAAUUUUUCAUGCCACUGAAAGAAUUCUCAAAACGUUUCAAAUCAACUCAACAUCUGGCAAUCUUCAUCUUAAAGGCGAAUUGAACUACGAAGCAAUUCAAACUUACACAUUGACUAUUCAGGCCAAAGACGGCGGAGGGCUUUCUGGAAAAUGUACAGUAGUGGUUGAGGUAACAGAUAUAAAUGAUAAUACACCGGAGCUGCUCCUGUCAUCACUUACUAGCCCAGUUGCAGAAAACUCUCCAGAGACAGUCGUUGCUGUGUUUAGGAUCAGAGACAGAGAUUCGGGGAAUAAUGGAAAGAUGAUAUGCUCCAUCCAAGACGACCUCCCCUUCGUCCUGAAGGCAUCUGUAGACAAUUUCUAUACACUAGCAACAGAUAAACCGUUGGAUCGAGAGAGGAACACAGAGUACAACAUCACCAUCACCGUCACCGACUUGGGGACACCCAGCCUCAAAACCGAGCACAGCAUAACCGUGCAGGUGUCCGACGUCAACGACAACGCCCCUGCCUUCACACAAAGCUCCUACACCCUGUUCGUCCGCGAGAACAACAGCCCCGCCCUGCACAUCGGCAGCGUCAGCGCCACAGACAGAGACUCGGGCACCAACGCCCAGGUCACCUACUCGCUGCUGCCGACCCACGACCCGCACCUGGCCCUCGCCUCCCUGGUGUCCAUCAACGCGGACAGCGGACACCUGUUCGCCCUGCGGUCAUUGGACUACGAGGCCCUGCGGGCGUUCGAGUUCCGUGUGGGCGCGGCAGACAGAGGCUCCCCCGCGCUGAGCAGCGACGCGCUGGUGCGCGUGGUGCUGGUGGACGACAACGACAACGCGCCCUUCGUGCUGUACCCGCUGCAGAACGGCUCUGCGCCCUGCACCGAGCUGCUGCCCAGGCAGGCCGAGGCGGGCUCCCUGGUGACCAAGGUGGUGGCGGUGGACGGCGACUCGGGCCAGAACGCCUGGCUGUCGUACCAGCUGCUCAAGGCCACGGAGCCCGGGCUGUUCGGCGUGUGGGCGCACAACGGCGAGGUGCGCACGGCCCGGCUGCUGAGCGAGCGCGACGCGGCCAGGCACAGACUGCUGGUGCUGGUCAAGGACAAUGGCGAGCCGCCGCUGUCGGCCACCGUCACGCUGCACGUGCUGCUGGUGGACGGCUUCUCCCAGCCCUACCUGCCGCUGCCGGAAGCGGCGCCGGAGCGGGCGCAGGCCGACUCGCUCACCGUCUACUUGGUCAUCGCGCUGGCCUCGGUCACCUCGCUCUUCCUGUUCUCGGUGCUCCUGUUGGUGGCGGUGCGGCUGUGCAGGAGGCGCAGGGCGGCCUCGGAGGGCCGCUGCUCGGUGCCUGGGGGCCGCUUUCCGGGCCACCUGGUGGACGUCAGCGGUACGGGGACCCUGUCCCAGAGCUACCAGUAUGAGGUGUGUCUGAUGGGAGGCUCAGGGACAAAUGAGUUCAAGUUCCUGAAGCCGAUUAUCCCCAGCCUCCCACCCCACAACACAGUAAGGGAAGUGGAAGAAAAUCCUUCAUUUAAGAAUAAUUUGAGCUUCUGA